AUGGGCCAUAUGACUCCGUUGAAUGACUCGAGGGAUGUCGGGGGACCAGUGAGCUACCUUCCGCACCACGGCGUGUUGCGGGAGUCCAGCACGACGACCAAGCUGCGCGUCGUGUUUAACGGUUCGACCGCUACUUCUUCGGGCGACUCGCUGAAUCGUCACCUUCUGGUGGGUCCGAACCUACUACCUCCUCUAGCCGAUGUACUUCUCCGUUGGCGAGUGCAUCGCUUCGUGCUCGCUACAGAUAUAGAAAAGAUGUACCGGCAGAUCAUGGUACAUCCUGAAGAUCGGGAUCUGCAGCGAAUUGUCUGGCGGUACAAUCCGCAAGAUGAGCUCCGGGAGUACCGUCUGAACACGGUUACAUACGGCCUGGCGUGUGCACCGUUCUUGGCUAUGCGCGUCUUACGGCAGCUCGCCGACGACGAAGAAACGCGCUACCCUCUCGGUGCCGCCGUGAUUCGGAGGGACGUUUACAUGGACGAUGUCCUUACGGGAGCCGACUCGCUCACGGACGCCCGCGAGCUCCUUCAUCAACUAGUCAAUCUCUGCGUGGCGGGCGGCUUUCCAUUACGUAAGUGGUCAGCCAACGAUAUGAGGUUGAUGGACGACGUUCCUGCAGAGCAUCGGAUGAAUGGCGAACUCCGAGACUGGCGGCCUCACGAAGCGCACUCUACGCUUGGCUUGCGUCGUGACCGAACGUUCCGUGCUAUCUCUCACGGCACGCUGUUUGAUCCCCUCGGUUGGUUGGCGCCCGUAGUGGUGAGCGCUAAGAUCGCCUUCCAGGCUACGUGGCGUCGAGGACUGGGCUGGGACGAGCCAUUGGAUGAGGCCUCCACCCGGAGUUGGCUCAAAUAUCAGGCGGCGCUUCCUCUUCUCGAGGAGAUCCAGAUCCCUCGGUGGAUUGGUCCGGUCUCUACUGGGCACAUCGAGAUCCACGGAUUCUGCGACGCCUCGGAAUUGGCCUACGCUGCCGUGACUUACCUGAGGACGGAGCAUUCUGGGUCUUGGCGUACCCGCUUGAUCGCGGCUAAAAUGAUGGUCGCGCCAAUCAAGCAGAUAAGUCUGCCACGCUUGGAGCUCUGCGCAGCCACGCUCUUAGCCCGGCUCGUGUCUUAUGUCCGUUCUACGCUGGAUCUGGUCGGGGCCCCCGUUCAUCUCUGGUCGGACUCGACCGUGGCUCUAGGCUGGAUUCAGGACCACCCGUCGCGAUGGCACACUUUCGUGGCGAACCGCGUGGCCGAAAUCCAGACCACGGUCGCGAGCGCCUGGUGGCAUCACGUUCCGGGACGCGAAAAUCCGGCUGAUUGUGCCUCCCGGGGUCUCUCUACUGGAGACCUUAUAAACUUUCAAUUGCGGUGGCGUGGUCCGCCUUGGUUGGAGUACAAUGUUUCAGAGUGGCCGACUGCCGCUGGGUCCAACCCGCGGGUCGACCUGCCCGAGGAGAGGAUCCGCGUUCACGCCACGGAGGUCGUCGCUGCUGCGCCGGAAGAGGCUGAGGAGCUGCUGAGAUUCUCAUCCCUCCACCGACUGCUUCGCGUUACCGCCUGGUGCCGUCGUUGGGUGUUGCGCAGAGGAUCUGGGGUCGGUCCCGUGCAUCCGGCGUUGCCGCUGCCUCUCGAGGGGACCUUGUCGGUUGGCGAACUGGAAGCGGCCCGUUUGGUCUGGGUCCGGGCAGUGCAGAUGUUUCAUUACCCCGCUGAGAUGAGAGCGGUCGAGUUGAGUCGGGCGCUGUCCAAGUCAAGUAAGCUUAUCCGACUGAGUCCGUUCCUUGACGCCCAGGGCAUACUCCAUGUCGGCGGGCGGCUGGGGCACGCGGUGCUGUCAUACGACGAGUGA